CUGCUUCGAGCCGGGCGCCUUCACCGCUGCGCAGCGGCUGACCAACCUGGCGUACAAGGGAGCGGUGUUCGCCGUCAUUGGCUUCUUCGCGGGCAUCGUGGGCACCAGCCUGUCGAACGGUCUGCUGGCGCUAAGGAAGAAGAUGGACCCCAACUUCAAGCUGCAGAACGAGCCGCCCAACGUGCUGUACAACGCCUUCACCUGGGCCGUACACAUGGGCGUGUCCUCCAACCUGCGCUAUCAGACGCUGGGCGGCCUGGAUGCGGGGCUGGUGAAGGUCAUGCCGGUCGGGCUGUUCCGCCUCUACCAGGCUGUCGUCCGCGGUGCCAACAAUGUGGUGGGCGGCAUGUCGUUUGCCACGCUGGCGCGCGUGCUGGGAGCCCAAAAGGCGGCGGCGGCGUAAGUGAGUGAGUGAAUGAGAACCUUUCACGGCGCCAUGCCACGGCUCGGUUCGGGUAUGUGCUACCGGGUACACCAUUACCGGAUUCGGCGCUGAUGAAGGGAAGGGCGCUGUUGGGUGGUUGCGUGUGAAGCCUUUUGGCUGACCGGGAAGGCACUGCGCGUUGGGGAGCGAGCUUUGUGGCGCAUGAUCCAGCGUGCAGUGAAGGCGAUGUGGGGAUGUAUGAGGUAAACUGAGCCGUGGGGACUUGGUGAUGGGGUUGGCAAGGAGGCACCUGAAGGGGAUAUGCUUAGGGGUGAGGAGUUAGCGAGACACGCUUUGUAGCUUGUGUCUUUACACGACAUGGCGCGUUGGUGUUGCGUUGAGUGGUUGCCUUGCGUUUGCUUUUGCUUGUGCGCUUGCCAAGCGCUCGCAAAGGGAAUGGCAUCAACAGGUUGAGAGGUGUGUGCUGUUAUGCAUGUCGCUGCAAGUCGAGAGAGAGCAUCAGCCGUGUAGCAAAAUGAUUCAUGGCUUGGCAAAGGAGAGAAGAAAAGGUGCUUAGAACUGGAGAGGGGUGCUGUGAGAUUGUUACGGACUGCGAGUUCAGCGUUUCGUUGCAGGGGGGCAAGAGAGAGAUGGCAGACGGUUUUUGCGGACAUGUGCGGCAUUUCGCCGUGCAGUCGCCACAACCAUGCACGAGGUGUUGGUUGGCAGUUGCGAUUGCAGCGUUUGUGUUGUCGGCACGGAACUUGCCGGUAGAGACAUCGAACGACGGUGCUGGCGGUGAAUCUGUGUUGAUGGCAUGGGCGCUGUGCAACGUACGUUUUAGCGAAGCACUGCGGUACGGGAGUGCACGACAGGCCGGAUUGGGAUGGCCACUGGAACAUUGAGAAGAAUUCAUGUGUGUUGAGAGGAACAAAGGAG